AUGACUUCGCAUGAUGAAGGAAUCGAAGAAGAGCAAAUAUCAAGAAUUGAAAAAGGCAUAGAAAAUGAUUGCCGUGGAGGAAUCGAGACAAUUAUAUGUACUUCUCCCAGCAUUGUUUGCCUUACACAAAAGUUAAUAGCAGAGUUGAUUGGGACGUAUUUCAUAAUAUUUUCUGGAUGUGGAGUGGUGGUGGUGAAUGUGUUGUAUGGUGGAGUAGUGACAUUUCCAGGGAUAUGUGUGACUUGGGGUCUUAUUGUUAUGGUCAUGAUUUACUCUGUUGGUCACAUUUCUGGUGCACAUUUUAACCCUGCCGUCACCAUCUGUUUCGCCAUUUUCCGACGGUUUCCUUGGUAUCAGGUACCAUCGUAUAUAGGCGCACAACUUGCGGGAUCCUUGCUAGCGAGUUUGACACUGAGGCUAAUGUUCAAAGUCACACCCGAAGCUUUCUUCGGAACAACUCCAGCUGAUUCUGUGGCACGAGCGCUCGUCUCAGAGAUCAUUAUCUCAUUCCUCCUCAUGUUUGUUAUCUCUGGUGUUGCCACCGAUAGUCGUGCGAUCGGAGAAUUAGCUGGAAUUGCUGUAGGGAUGACAAUAAUAUUGAACGUCUUUGUAGCCGGACCAAUUUCUGGAGCAUCAAUGAAUCCAGCAAGAAGUCUAGGACCAGCAAUUGUGAUGGGAGUGUAUAAAGGAAUUUGGGUUUACAUUGUUGGUCCUAUCAUUGGAAUUGUGGCCGGAGGUUUUGUUUACAACUUUAUCAGAUUUACGGAUAAACCACUAGGGGAACUCACUAAAAGUUCUUCUUUCCUCCGUAAAGCUUCUCCCAACAACAAUGCUUCUAGUUCUAACAGCUAAUAUUUUGUUCUCUUUUUUUGCAUUUGGCUGCGUUAUUCUCUUCUGUCGUGUUAAC